UUGACAUUUUUGCUUGAUUUCUUUUGCUUGGCUUAUAUACAUUUUACAUUAAAUUAAUUGUAAUUGUCGUUUUUGAAAUUACGAAUAGAAGCAUAAAUGAAUUUACGGUAUCAGUUGAUAACAACAUUUACUGUAAAUUUAUAAUUUCUCCUUUUUAAAUUCUUAAUCGUUGCAAUAAUACAAUCACAAUGUUGGUACUCGUCCUAGGCGAUUUACACAUUCCACAUCGGUGUAGUAGCCUGCCGCCUAAGUUCAAGAAGCUAUUAUUGCCUGGAAGGAUUCAGCACAUACUAUGUACCGGUAAUUUAUGCACUAAGGAGUCGUAUGACUACUUAAAAACCUUAGCUAGUGAUGUGCAUGUCGUACGAGGCGAUUUUGAUGAGAACUCAACAUAUCCAGAACAAAAAGUUAUUACAGUUGGCCAGUUUCGAAUUGGUCUGAUCCACGGCCACCAGGUGGUACCAUGGGGCGAUGAAGAGUCCCUAGCACUAGUACAGCGGCAACUUGACGUGGAUAUAUUGAUAUCAGGACACACACACCGUUUUGAAGCUUACGAACAUGAAAAUAAGUUCUAUAUUAAUCCAGGAUCAGCGACCGGUGCCUACAGCCCAUUGUACAGGACAGCAACGCCAUCUUUCGUUUUAAUGGACAUUCAGAGUUCGACAGUAGUGACAUAUGUGUACAAACUACUGGGAGACGAGGUCAAGGUCGAAAGGAUCGAGUUUAAGAAGGCACAAUAAAUUAUAUGGCAUUUAUUAUAAGGAUUAACACUAUUGUAACAAAUGUAAAGAGGUCCAUAAACAUGUAUUGUCUGAUAAUCUUAUAACAAAAAAUCGAUUGUAUUCACGUACAAUAAUCUUUCGAAUAGUUUAUUUAAUAAUAUGUUUUUUUUAUGAUGGGUGAAAAUGAUAUGGUAACCCUGCCUGCGCUAACGGGAUACGCUGGCGGAGCACUAGUGAAGGGUGAUAGAUGAGAAUGUAAACAGGCCAGUUAGCCCAUCAUGAUGAAUUCAUCAGGAAUUAACCAUGAUAGUUUCCAGGGAGAAACACGAAGAGGUCGACCUGGUUGGGUAUAUUACUAGCAAUAGGAUUCUCAAGCUCCAUUACUAACAAUCCCUUUCCCCCCAAUAAUAUGUAUUGAAUCGAUAGCAUGCAUCUGAAGUUUUACCCAGUUAAUAAAUUGAUGAUGAUAAUGAUUCUAGCAAUACUAUCAUUUACAUUUAUUUAUUUAUUUACAACAAACAUGGUAAGUGUAUCGAUGUUACAAUAAGUAUAAGUCCUCAUAUUUCGCCAUUAAUAGCUAGUUUCAAAUAAUAUCGGUGAUUAAUCAAUAGUAACUUUUCAGUGCUUGCUAUAUAUCAAUUAUAAUUCUAAAUAAUAAUAAAUCAAAUAGGUAAAUAUUGUUAAAAAUAUACAAAAGUUUUAAAAAAAAGAAUAUAUUCCAUUAAUUGUUAAUAAUCAAUUGUAUUUUACUAUCAUAUCUAAGUCUUGAAUAGUAACGUCAUUAUUAUUAAAUCAACUAAUUUAUUAUUACUAUAGUAAUAAUAAUUUCUCUUUAUUGCGCAAAAUAGAGAUGUAUACAAGGAGUAUUUAUACAGAAUGUGCAUAUACAAAAGGCCUUAUCGCUAAAAGCAAUCUCUUACAGACAAUCUGGCAUAAAUCGUUAUAGUCGUAGAAUACUGACGGAUCUGACAAAUAUUACAUAUAAAGGAUCCGUCAGUAUUCUACGACUAUGACGAAAUAAUUGUUAAGUACAGAGAGAAAGUAGAUGGAGAAAGAUUAUUUGUGGUCUCAAUCGAUUAAUAAUUGAUCCUGUUUGAUUAUUAGACAAUACAAUAGUUCAUCAUGUGGUUUGAGAUGAGUAGUAUAUAUUUGUAUUGCUGCUUCUAGAACAGAAAAACUACACAGUUUAUUUUCCAAGUGGCAAUACAUACCUGCUUGGCUCACGCUGCUUGACCGUGUAUGGAGCCUGUAACGAAUUGGGUAUAAAAGGAUAAACCCCAGCAAUCAUAUUUAUGAAAUUAAACAACUUUCAUUCUUGACAUACUUAAAAUGAAAUGUAUGUAUAUAAAUGAACUGAACGCGUGUUUGAAAUGAUUUAUAUUUAAUGCCAAUCUGAAUUCCAGCUUAAUCAGCUGUUCAGUUUGGCUUUUUAAAACUACAUUCCAAAAUAUACAAUAAAUCUAAAUUAAUAUAUUGGUAAUGAAGUCUCCCUAGAGGGAAACAAUAAAAUAAAACAAAAGCACGCAAAAAAUCAAAACCGAAAAAAAAACAGAAAAUAAAACGAAAUAAAAAGUAUACAUUAUUUUGUUUCGGUUUGAAGAAAGUUGUUCUGUUUCAUAAAUAUUGUGACGGGGUUUCCUUUUGUAUACUACAAACGGUAAACUUGUAUAUUAUAAAUGAUAGGACAGGUAUAUUUUGUUCUAUGGGACCUAUUCCAACCCUGAUUCUAGAAUGAUGUGCCGAAUCGGGCGUUUGAUAUCUUGGUUUUCGUUAAAAAGAAUCUUAAAUAAGCUCGAAUAAGUUUAUUUUGAAUAUUUAAGCUUAUUUUUAACGUUGUUUAAAUGACAAAAGGGAUCAAACUUUUUCUAAAUAAGAAGGAAAAAUAAUAAUAAUAUUUAUUUAUUAUUAUUAUUUGAAAACCACAACUAAUCGAUUCCUAUACUCGCGUACCGUGUAUCCGAUUUCUUUAUAUUGAGUAUUCGAGUACCCUAGUACCUAUAAGUUAGGUCGAUUCAAGCAUUUAGAUGUUUUAAUCGGCAUAAUUCGGCACAUCACUAACUAAUGGCAAGCGGAUCGAACGAACGUAUUUAUGAGAUAGAACGAGGCAGCAACAUCAGAAGUCUUGCUAUAUGAAAUUGAAAUUGAAAUGUCAUGCAUGCACCAACGAAAACGUAUCUAUCGAUAUACAUAUUCGAUUAUCGCUUGUCUAGAGGGUCUGGAUUCCCAUUUUUUUUCUUUUUUUUUUUUAAUUAUAGAGACUGUCCUAUUUAUUGAUUGUUAUAAUUUUACAUUAAUUAAAUUUUAUGUAAAUAA